CCUCUAUUAUGUUGUAAACUGGAAAUUUGUACCAUAUUUGGUGAGAAAAUGAAACAAUUCUGUUCAUUAUUCACUGCUGUUGUCUUGUUACUUGAAUAAAAUUUGCUUUCUGAAUAAUAUCCCCCUCCUCCAUUAUAACAAAGCCUAAAAGAAAACUUAUCAUUGCCCGCCAGAAAUUAACUCUCAAAAACCAUGAACCUGAUUACUUCUCAAUAUCUACACCCUUAACGUCCCCUCUACAAGCUUCUGUGAACUGUGAAUGGCAACUCCAACUUCCCUGUUUCUUCCCAAGAGACUCCCUCUGUUCCUUAACAUAUCCUUUCUGUUCCUCCUUUUUUUCUUUAUUGAAACUUAUGAUUCUCUUGGCGAAUCCAAUAAUGGGCAAAUUCCCAUCAUCACUAACCACUCUUUGAUCCCCCAUGGAAGCAACAGUGAUGGCUGCGCCAGCCUCCAUGACUACACUGAUUAUAAGACUAGGUGCUUGUAUGUCAAGUCAGAAAUUGGCUGCAGGCCUAAAGGGUACAUAAACUAUCUCCAGAUUUUUUAUUGCACUUGUGGCAGAUUUCCAAUUCUUGGUCAUCUUGUACUCCUAAUAUGGCUGUUUGUCUUGUUCUAUUUGCUCGGUGACACAGCUGCAAAUUACUUCUGUACUUCCUUAGAGAGCUUGUCCACAAUGCUAAAGCUUUCCCCUGCUAUCGCCGGAGUCACCCUCCUUUCACUUGGGAAUGGUGCUUCUGAUGUUUUUGCCAGUAUUGUUUCCUUCACAGGAUCUGGUAAUGGAGGUGUUGGUCUAAACAGUGUCUUAGGUGGAGCCUUUUUCGUGUCUAGUGCUGUGGUUGGUGUAAUUAGUAUAUUGAUUAACCGUCAUCGGAUUUCAGUUGAUGAGCCCAGCUUCAUUAGAGAUAUCCUCUUCUUCCUUUUUUCACUUUCUUCCCUCAUGUUCAUCAUUUUUAUUGGUCAAAUUACUUUGUGGGGAGCUCUUUCUUUUGUUUCUAUAUACUUCUUGUAUGUUGGUGCUGUUUCUGCCUCACAUUUCUUCAACAAAAAGAAAGACAGGAAAUUGAACUUAAUCCCAGAGUCUUCUGUUUCAAACAGCCAUGAUAACUUUGGAGAGGCUGGUAUACCAUUACUUGGUUAUGCUAGUGAUGAAAAAUCUAUUAUGGUGGAUAAAGAAACUCUUGAAAAUCAGGACGAAAAUCCAAAGUUUUUCAACUUUGAUUCACCUAGUUUUUAUUACUUUGGUAAGUUUCUGUACCUUUUGGAGUUACCUUUAUACUUGCCAAGGAGAUUGACCAUCCCUGUUAUUAAUGAGGAGAAAUGGUCCAAGCCAUAUGCAGUGAUUUCAGUAACAUUGGCGCCACUAAUGUUGGCAGAGCUUUGCAAUUCUCAAAGUGAGAAAAACAUGGGUUCCAAAAGCAGCUUGGUGACCUAUAUGAUUGCAGGAUUGGUUGGAAUGGUCUUUGGAAAUCUUGCAUUUGUGACUACCAAGAAGUCUAGCCCACCAAAGAGGUGCCAGUUACCUUGGCUUAUUGGAGGAUUCCUUAUGAGUGUAACCUGGACAUAUUUUACUGCUGAGGAACUGGUAUCUUUGUUGGUUUCUUUUGGAAAUAUCUUGGGAAUAAGUCCUUCAGUUCUGGGUCUCACUGUCCUUGCCUGGGGCAACUCACUUGGAGACUUAAUAUCUAAUUCUGCUAUGGCAAUUAAUGGUGGGGCAGAUGGGGCUCAAACUGCCAUCUCUGGUUGCUAUGCUGGGCCCAUGUUCAACACAUUGGUGGGCCUGGGGGUGUCUUUCGUUUGGUCGUCAUGGUCAGAGUAUCCUUCUUCAUUUGAGAUUCCUAGAGACCCUUCUCUUUAUGAGACCCUGGGAUUUCUUAUGGUAGGCUUGCUUUGGGCCCUAGUAAUAUUGCCAAGGAAGAAUAUGAGAUUGGAUAGGUUUCUAGGAGGUGGCCUCUUGGCCAUUUACUUCUGCUUUCUGUCUCUGAGACUAGCCAGAGCUCUUGGUCUAUCGAAACUUCAUGGGGGUUUCUCUUAUCAUAGCCUAAAAUGGUGGUUUUCUUAAUUGUAAUUUUUUAAAAGAUACAUAUAGCAGUAAACUAGCAUAUAUAAGUACAUGUAUUAUAUGAAUCAACAAGCAAAGCUGCCUGCCGCUUUCAUUUUUUUUUUUUGGUUCAUGGUUCAUAAGUAAGAGUAGGUACUGAAUUAUGGACAUUGGUUUUCUGU